AUAGAAGGCAUUUGGAGGAGGCUAGGUCUUGAAGAGGAGAGGAAACUUAGAGAAAUCUCAAUCCAAGUGCUAGGGUUGUAGAGUUUUCUUCAAUCCAAACAAGUGACGCUAUGGCUGGGAGGAAUGAUGCUGCGAUUGCUGCUGCUUUGGAAGCGAUGGCUCAGGCUAUGCAGAACCAACCGAAUGCUGACGAGAGUGCUGGAUCUCGUAGUUUGGCGACUUUCCAGAGGGAGAAUCCGCCGGUGUUCAAGGGUACGCAUGACCCCGAUGGUGCUCUUGAUUGGUUGAAGGAGAUCGAGCGAAUUUUCCGUGUUAUGGAUUGCACUCCUACACAGAAGGUUAGAUAUGGCACUCAUAUGUUGGCUAAGGAAGCGGAUGAUUGGUGGCUAGAGACCCGUAGGAGGUUGGAGGCUCAUGGUGAGGAGAUUACUUGGAUUGCGUUUCGCAUGGAGUUCUUAAGGAAAUACUUUCCUGAGGAUGUCCGUGGUAAGAAGGAGAUUGAAUUCCUUGAGCUGAAACAAGGGAACAAGUCUGUUGUGGAGUAUGCUGCUAAGUUUGGUGAGCUGGCUAAGUUUUACCAAUACUAUGAUGGUCCGAAUGGUGAGUUUUCCAAGUGUAUCAAGUUUGAGAAUGGGUUGCGUCCAGAAAUCAAGAAAGCUGUCAGUUACCAGAAGAUCCGUAUUUUUGUUGAUUUGGUUGAUAGUUGUCGGAUUUAUGAGGAGGACAACAACGCUCAUUAUCGUGUUAUUAAUGAGAAGAGGGGCAAGAAUCAACAAAGCCGUGAGAAACCAUAUGAUGCUGGUAAAGGGAAGCAAAGAGUUGCUCAUGGUCAUAAGACUGGUGGGGGAGAUGCUCCUGCUAGGGUUGUAUGCUUCAAGUGUGGUCGACCUGGUCAUAAGAGCGAUGUUUGUACUGCUGAUGUGAAGAGGUGUUACCGUUGUGGUAAGACAGGACAUAUGUCAUCUGCUUGUAAGCAUAAGGAUGUUGUUUGCUUUAACUGUGGUGCGGAGGGACAUAUUGAUAGCCAGUGUCAGAAGCCAAAGAAGACAGUUGUAGGUGGUAAAGUAUUCGCUUUGUCAGGAACUCAGACAUCUAGUGAGGAUGGCCUUGUUAGAGGUACUUGUUUCAUUAAUAGCAUUCCUUUAAUUACUAUUAUUGAUACCGGUGCCACUCAUUGUUUUAUUGCUGCUGAUUGUGUAAAAAGAUUGGGUCUUACCUUGUCUGCUAUGAAUGGAGAAAUGGUUGUCGAACUCCCCGCUAAGGGAACGGUGACUACUUCUCUAAUGUGUUUGAAUUGUCCUCUGUCAAUCUUUGAUAGGGACUUUGUUGUUGACUUUGUGUGUUUACCGCUUGUUGGUUUGGAUGUGGUUUUGGGUAUGAAUUGGUUGAAACACAACUACGUUCAUAUCAAUUGUUAUAACAACACGGUGAGAUUUUCUUCUCUUGAAGAAGAAGGAGUUGGUUUGUUGACUGAAGAGCAUGAAGAGCAUCUGAGAAUUGUGUUGCAAGUUCUGAAAGAGAAACAACUGUAUGCCAAGUUGUCUAAGUGUGAAUUCUGGUUGCAUGAAGUUAGUUUCCUUGGUCACGUCAUUUCUGGUAGUGGCAUUGCCGUGGAUCCUUCUAAGGUUGGUGCUGUGUUACAAUGGGAGACUCCGAAGUCAGCUACUGAGAUUAGAAGCUUCUUGGGUUUAGCCGGUUACUAUAGACGGUUUAUCGAAGGAUUUUCUAAGCUGGCACUUCCGUUGACGAGAUUAACUUGCAAAGGAAAGGCGUUUGUAUGGGAUGUUCAAUGUGGUGUGCUUAUGCAGAACGGUAAAGUGGUUGCUUACGCGUCUAGGCAGUUGAGGACCCAUGAAAAGAAUUAUCCUACGCAUGAUCUUGAGUUGGCUGCAGUGAUAGAGAUCCAAGGUUUACUUCCGAUUUCUGGAGAAGUUUGCAAGAAGCGUUGGGUUCUAAGUUGA